AUGGAAAUGCUGCAUUUUAGUCCACAUCCGCGUAAAAAUUAUACCGACCCAAUCAAUCCAAGUAUUAGUAGGAACAAUAGUGAUAAAGUCGAAGUCAUCGGCAAGGUAUUUAGAUGUCAUUUUUUACCAGAAAGUUAAUUGAAAUGAACAUGUGAAACACAUCAAAGACCGCACUCAAUCACGAAUUAGUCUUUUACAGAUUUCUGUCGAGGUCAUCACCGGAAACGAAUCCCAAAAUAAUGACAAAUACAUUAAAAUCUUUAGUAAGACCUCUUUUAACGUAUGGAUCAUCAGCUUUAUUAAAAGCAGAUCAAAAAAUAUGGAAAGCACUAUAAACAUAAAAGAACAAAGGACUUCGAGCUGCAGUAGCGAUUCCAUACUACAUCUCAUCUAUAUCCAUCAACAAACCAAGAUGCUAAAGCUAAAAGACUACUGCAAAAACUCUGACACAACAAGCCCCUAUACGCGCACAAGAUAACAAAGAUGACAUUUCAACAGAAAAUCUACAUGCACUUUUAACAGAUUUGUAAAUACUACUUAAAACUUAGAUUGGGUCGGU